UUGUAUACAUGUCGUAAGUGUAAACGCGGUGUCACAAGACGCUCGGUUAGACAAUAUGGCCGACCGACUAACACAGUUGCAAGAUUGUGUAACACAACAAGCUGAACAUUUCUACAAUAGUAUAGGAAUACUACAGCAGUAUGCACCAAGUAGUCCAUUUCCUGGGUUUGAAAAGCCAGGAUGCAAACCAUCAUCACCACCCCCCCAAGAAGAUUAUGCAGCUCUGUUUGCAAAACUGAUCACAAGAACUGCCAAGGACAUAGAUGUUCUCAUAGACAACUUACCGAGUGAAGAUUCUUCUACAGAACUGCAGGUUGCCAGUUUGCAAAAGUUGGAGCUGGAGAACCAAGAAGAGGCUCAAAAAUUGGAAGAAAUUGUGGCUGAAGGAGAAGAGUUACUGCAAAAAAUUCAGAAAUCUUUAGCACAGAUAGCAGCAUCUCAGUUGUUCAGUCAAGCUCUGGAGAGUAAUUCAAGUCCAUCAAGGCUUUCAUAAAGCAACUGGUUAUAACUGUUGGAUCUAACAAGACUUACAUAAAACAACUGGUUAUAACUGUUGGAUCUAACAAGACUUACAUAAAACAACUGGUUAUAACUGUUGGGUCUAACAAGGCUUACAUAAAACAACUGGUUAUAACUGUUGGGUCUAACAAGACUUACAUAAAACAACUGGUUAUAACUGUUGGGUCUAUCAAGGCUUUUAUAAAGCAACUGGUUCUAAGUGUUGGAUCUAACAACAGCCGGUGUGUAGGUGUGCCCAUCAUGAUGUGUAGUGUUGUGUGUACACCUAUCUAAACCAAAAGGAAAUGGGGUAGUGAAAGGUUUGGUGUAAAGGAGUUGAGAACAUUUUGUGUCAUUGUUGGUGCAAAUGGUAAAUAAAAUAAUAAACCUUAUCCAAGCUGAAGGUAUUUGAAUUUUCUUUUUUGCCCAUCCUGAUUUAAUUUUUUUGGCAUGACAAUUUUCAUGUUACUUUAACAAGUUUUAGUAGGAUAUCAGUUUUUGAACUCAUAGUAAAAAAAAAGGUUUUAUUUACUGAGAAACUAGAACUAAACUUUUGUGGUUGCAGAAAAGGCAGCCAAAUUCAUUUGAAGACGUUAAUUAAUUUUUUUAUAUAUUCAUUGUUAGAAACACCACUUUAAUAAAAGUUAAAAACAAUUACAUUAUUUAUAGUGAUGUCAUAUGGUUCAUUUAUUUUUUUUACAACAAAGUGAGCUUUAACGAUACGUCUGUUUUGCUAAUUUUAUUAGGUUCAAAUACAAUUUUCAAUAGGAUACGCUGGGCAGUUCUUCUAAAUUUAUGUAGCCUAGAUGUAGAUAUUCUAAAUCUACGGAUAGGCCAAACCUAAAUAAAUUAUUAAAUUAUUUUUUUAUUCUUGUGUUUUUCUGCAUUUGUAUUAAAAAUUUUGAACAUUUCUUUUUA